CAUUGAUCUAUAUUAGGAACCCCGGAGCCACAGUAACGUAAUUGGGUUUCUGUAAACAUCCAAACGAAAUGCACAUCAUGUGCGUGUGGUCCGCUGUCGAAAUGUGCAUAACAAGAUAGUGAUAGUGGAUUUUCCAAAGCUUCACUUAGCGCCCGGAUGUCUCUCUCAUCAGUCUCUCAACCACUGAAUGGAACUCGCCCACAACAACCUGCGAAUGGCCUUAAUUAAAAGUGGACAUCAUGGACCAGGAUAAUCCCCCAUGUCCCGAGCCCCUGGUGUCAUCGUGGGAUGCUUCUUCCAAUCAUCGCCCUGGUGCCCGCUAUGACGCUGGGGUCUCCUCCAUCCGCCCCGGUCCCAGCUCUUUGCCGCAUCUGGAGCAUUCAAACAGGCCAGCCCGUGGCUCCAGAGCGCCUCGAGAGUCGGCGAGACCACCUUUGUGUCCCAGAAGCAAACGAUAUAUCCCUGCAUAUGCACAGGACCACCGGGUCCUCUCCCCCAAGAAACACACCCAAACGGCAGUCCUCCACCAAGAACGAGGGAGACACGAGAAGACAAGCGCGCCCACUCACCAACACCAACAAGUCUCAAGCCAAGUGACCACCAACCGCUGCACGUGUCCCACUGCCAGACGACAGCUCCGCUUGCUGCAGGUACAAUCUAGCCCAUCUGGACUGGCCCGGAGAUCUAUCCCAUUUCAUCCAAUAUUGUCCACUGCUCGCGAGGCCACCAUCACGUCAACCACCAGUGCCAUGGUUGUCUUAGCCGCCUGCUCUCAAGAGCCAAUUUUAGCUACAAACACCACCACCAUGCAUGAUAGAGUACCUCCUUCGUGCGGCAAUACUCCAUUAAUGCUAGCUCUUACUACCAAAGUGCACAAAAUGGUGGUAACGACACCACUUCUGACGUUGUUUGCCGAACUUGAAUCACCCUUGGAGCCACACCGAAACGCAUGCCAACGCGCAUCCGCCCGUGACACAUCGCCCGCAAACACGAACCCUCUGGAUCAAACUGCAAGCCACCUUGAAGACGUCACAUUCGGGACCCAUCCCGUCUGCAUAUUCGCCUAG